AUGUCCGAGUGGAGACGACAGAAGCCUGGAUGGUCCUGCCGUUCUGCCCUGGUGAAAUUAUUGCGGAGCGAGUUUAAACCUAGUGCUUUGGGAUUUGACCAUGAAAAUCCCGCGACGUUUGCACUUCCGCAGGUAAGCUGGGCUUAUAUUUUCUGUAGAAAAUAGUUUUCAAGACAAAACACAAAUAAGUCGUAACUUUCCUUGCCAUCUUCUAUAAAUUCUAGAAAGGUUAAGCAUCUAUUAUGAGCAGAAAUAUAGUCAAGUCCUCACCACCUGAGCUUGUUAUGAAGAAUUGCACUUACACUUAUCACAACUGUUUAACUGGAAAUUUUUGUCUGCAUCUGAACGUCAUAUCCUUUUAAGAAUAGGAGUUUGUUUGGAACACUUAUGCAUUCCUUGAAACUGGUCACGAAUCUUUAAGUGGAGCUAGUGUUUGCACAAACUUAGCCGGAUUGUGGUUUGAUGUUUCAUCACAUUCUGGCUAAUAAAUGAUAUUUCCAUUGCAACUUGUCUAAGCCUUCAGGAUCUUACAGUUCUCAGUCUCUUUCACAAUUACUUGCGAAUGCAGGGGCUUGAUGAAUGAGUCCAGGAGUGCCACAAACCUCCAAUGACUCAUAAAGUAAUAUCUCCUGUUUUCACUUUAGUGGUGCUGGAUGGACGGCAUCGUCUAUAACAUUUACCGUUUCGUCGUCGCAACUCUCCUCGUAACCUGGUUGGCCUGCGAAAUUCCCUACACUAUUCACAAUCAGACGAGUGAUCGACCGUUUAUCUGGUUCACUUUCGCGUCAAACUGGUCAUUCAUUAUUUUUACGCUGACGGCAGUGGGUUUUGCUGGGUUCGCGCUCUUUUAUACCCUAGAUAGAAGUAAGUUUGGUAAUAUUGUUCGCUUCCCUCAAAAUGAACCCACAAUGCAUUUAAAAAUUAUUAAAUUUUGGGCGUUAAACGCUUUAUUUUUUUAGUAAAAGUUAGGUUUAGCUAUCUUUUCUUGACACCCUAAUUUCUAAAGUUGAAUGUAUCGCUUCCCAAAGACGAUAUAUAACCGCCUAAAUUAUGGAGGCAGACGUUCAAAUUUAAGGUGUAUGCAUGAGAAAAGAAGAAGACCGGUCGAGCACUUAAACAAUUUGCCUGAAGUAUCCUUAAAACUUCAGCAGUUACGCAAAUAAGAAAUACAUCGGUGCUUUCGAAAAAACCCCCAAAAUAUUUAUUUGGUAAUACUAGAUUUGUUUAGAGACUUUAAAGUUCCUCAGCAGGACAUUUUGCUGUCACCGAACUUAAGAGAGUUAUCCUAAUAAUUUAAUUUACUUCGGCCUCCUUUGUCUAGUUGCUGUUUAAUCGAAAUAGAAAAAUGCAUUUUGGAAACACGGGGGACGUAUAUUCGCCCAAAAUUUUUGGUCGGAUACUGAAGAGAGUCUGCAGCAUGUAAGACCAUUGUCAACAAAUUUGUGGAAGGGGAAACAUAUCUAAAAACGUGUUCACAGAACUCUGACACCGACAAUUUGAUCAGAAAGCAAGCUAGGAGAAUUAAAACCAUCAUUAACAUAACGCAUGACUAAUAAUAGAAACUAGACGAAGACAGCAAUAGCUUCCACCUCGAAAUCAGUUGGAGUCCAAUGAUUUGAUUAGUCAGUAGCAAAUAGUUACAAAUUACCCUUUCUCUAUCCCGCUAACCCCAGGUAGAGUAAAGGGCCCAACUGCUUAAGCCUUCUAACAAAAAGUUAUGUGAUCAUUUCAAAGUGACUUAAUUGUUCUGAAUUUUCCAGCACAUGUGCUACCUCGCACAGUGUUUACGGAAAUUCUGAAAUAUGCUGUCCAUUCGGAAAUGCUACUUAAGUAGGGUUGCAAUGUCAGUAAUCCCACAGCAUAGUCCUAUAAUAUUUCAGUCCCAUCAGGAUACCGGCUAUUGGAAGAGAUUAUUUUCAGACCGUCUACAAAAAUUACAUUAUGCGAAAAAGACUGCUUAGGCAGUAUGAAAUGCUAUUACUGAUUUUCGGUGUCCUUAUAAAUUUAAUUUUAUGUUUAAGCAAUGUGUACAAAACAAGAAAGGGUACGUUUCCGUUUUUAAAAAAGAUUUAUUUCCGAGGUUGUACAAGACCGUUAAAUGUCUGUUCAUACAGCACCGCAUUACACAGUAUUAAAAAAUCUUAUGAUUAGAAACAUUUGAAAACCGAAUUAUACAUUUUCUUGGAGACGAAAUCGAAAGAAGACGUAAUUUUCUACUAAAUGAGCAAAAUAUUGAAUUUCUUUAUGCAUAUUUUCCAUGAAAUAUAAUUGAAUUUUUAAGGAUUCCAAAAAUCCAUGAGAAAAAUUCAUUCUCGUUGAGUAGUCAUUUUUUGCAAAGUGUGGUUUUUGCAUGCGGCCGAAAAGAAGUUCGUUCAAAAGCCGACAUCCCGUGGCAAAUGAAUUAUAGAAUUAUGCCGCAUGAUGAUUAAUUUUACAAACCUAUUUAAGUUAUCUUUUCGAACCGAAAACAUAUUUCGGAAUUUCGGUUAAUAUUUCAUGAUUUAGUACGCCAACUGUACUUAAUACUCUAUGCAUAAAAUCAAGCGAAAGCCUCUUCUUUUUCGUCAGUCGCAUUCCAAGCAAUGUUAAAACAUGAAACAUGACUGAAUGAUGGCAACGACGUUUUAGGACAAAGAAUUUACUAUCAGACAGCUGACUAACUGCUAUAUUACCUAGUUCUUAGAGGUCCUGAAAAAUUGCUGUGUUUAUGUUGCUUUGUUUGCUGUGUUUGAUGUACGGACGGGUUUCGUGGGCUUUAGCAAAUUGAGUUUAUGCCAUUUCUGCAUUUCUUGAGAGGCUCGUCAUUCUAAUCAAUGUGAUAUUAUUCUCAGUAAUAUUUUGCGUCUUACUUUAACUGAAGAUCGUUCAUUAUUUCUUAAGAUUUUGGUCGACGCAUGAAUUACAUCACAUGUGUUCCGAACAUACUUGUCAAACUAAGAUUAUUUUCGAAAUUUCAGGCAGGGAUGAAAGAAUUCAUGGAAACAAGGUCUUAUGGUUUUUUUACAACAUGUCCAUUAAUACGACUUUGGUCACAUCCAUUGCCUACUGGGUAGCAUUUUGGGAACCCGAGUACGGUAAGUUUUAUUCUAUGAAACUUUUGAUCCCGCCGGUCUCUUUGGCUGGAUGGUCCAUAACUUUAACAGCUAUUUUUUCUACUUAGUUUUACCUGUUUCUGAUGUUAUCACCCACCGUUUUCGGUAAACAAAUCUCAGUAGAUGAACCACCGAACAAGGAAAGAUGCUCCUCAAAAAGGCACUUUUUCGUUCCUGAAGUUUAUUAAAACGCGUUCAACCGUCCUUCCACGCCCUCGGGCUUUGGCUAAUCUAGAGCAAAGCAUUUUGCUCGUGUAACUGUUUCUGCCGUGUGCUGACCUUUGAUUGGCCAUUGACGUCUGUGUGAACGUUCCAUUCUUCACAGUGAUUGGUUUUCCCGCUCCCCUUCGCCUCGGUGAACCGAGGUACAUAUAUAAGAGCGUUUUAAUAUUUCGCCAGGAUUGUCUCUUGAGUCCGCAUAGUUUCAUAAAACGUGGUUUGCACGGUUAAGUAGAAGGAAUUUUUCACAUUGAUUUUCGUUGCCCCUAAAAGUCCAAUUAUAUUUUAUAGAAAACAUGCAUAAAAAUAUUCAUUCUUCUGCUCAUGCGGUGGAAAAUUACUUCUCACUCCUAUCGAAGUAGGGUAUAAUUCGGUUUUCAAAACCCUUUCCAAUUCCCGAAUAAUUUAAAACAUGCUCUACCGUUACACUUAUAUUAAAGAGUUCCAAACAACAAGCCAUGUAUUUUUCGCGUACAGAAAACCAUACAUUUCUCUACGGUGAUAAAGGGGGACUAUAUACGUUUCAUGAAAUUAAGCAGUGGAAUUGUUUCAUAUUAUUAACUACAUGCCACACCUACUGUACAUACAUUGCAGAUUUAAUUGUGGUCUGAUGUGACUGCAUGUAAGUACUAGGCAACGUGUAGAUUAGCAAGGUGGGCAGACAGCUUCGAAAACGCAUGCCAGGAGUGGAAUGUGAAACUACGUCAUCGUGUCGCCUGAGCGUUAGUUACAUCUUUUGAUGUGCUAUACGCAUGAUGUUACAGAAUGUACAUUUGCUCCUGGUAAUCUCACAGCGUGUUCGUUAAUUUGCAGUUUACUCUGUCUUGAAAUUGUGGCUGUGUGCCGUUUGUCACAAAAUAUACGCUCGCCAAUACAGCGUGAAAUAAAACGAAUAUAAUGUCUACCUAAUUGGGCUCUGAUAAAUUACGAAAAUGACCGUUUUCUACGCGAGUAUGCAAAGUGUCUCCUUCGCCUAUAUCUAUUUCCACUCCAUUCUCUCAGUGGAAUUCUACCGACUAUCUGCAAAGUUGAAACACACAGUACCCGCCCUUCUGGUUUUACUGGACAUGUGCUUAAACAAUAUUCCCGUCCGUCUCCUGCAUGGAAUCUAUCCACUUUGCCUGGGAGCCAUCUAUGCUCUCUUCACUUACAUCUACUGGGUGGCCAGUUAUGCAGGUUACACGGGGAACGGCAUAAUCUACCCUGCAAUAAACUGGAACCGGCCUCAUUUAGCUGUCGUCGCAUGUCUACUGGCAAUCUGCUUGUGUCUCCUGGUGCAGGUGAUUAUAAGAUUCACAUUUGAUUAAAUUAAUACGCAUGCUACCAAUUUGCUUGCAUUUUCUAGUGAGAUGAAAUCUCGGCAUGACGGUAUCCUGAUGCGCUGUUUAUUUGUAACUGGGCUAAGAUCCGGAUGAGGUGUUUGUCUGUCAGCUGUUACAUCAGUAGCUAGGCCGCAUUUGUGAGCACCCACGGUGGUUCAUUUCAGUGAUUAUUUUCUAACCCCGAUUCUCUCGUCCGCAUCCACAGUCACGAAAGAUAUGCGUCCCAUCUGUUGCAUACCGAAUCGUUCACUUGUUAUCAUAGUUUAGAAUACUCACUUUUAUUUGGAUUAGACCUUCAUCUAGUGAUGUUUGUCUUUUACUUUUGACGAGUGAUGGACAGGGAAAUUUAUUUUCCUGCGCUUUUCAUGAACGGGUUAAGUUUCACAACUGGUUGCAGUUUUGAAAUUUGAUGGAGCCUGUGCUAUGUACAGUUCUUCCGCCUAGAUAGAAAAGGGCCACCACUAGAAAAAUGGUUUAUUCUGGCAUCAGCUGAUGGCCAUUGUAAGGAAAAUACCGACAGGGCUGAACACAGGUCCGGGCGCUCCUGUAAACAAGAUAAUGAUCAUAAAACGUCACCAGGGAACCCGCAGUAGUAACUUGCCGGCAAAUUGAAUUAUAGUCAUGUAGGCUUAUGCAGCACGACCCGUAGUUUAUUCUCCAACGCCAGUCAUGUUGGGAUGACAUUUCUAGGUCAAAAUGGCUGAAGACUGGCUUAGGCGUGAUGGUUGACCCCUCGCUUGAAAUCUCUUUACGCAGGAGUAAGGAACGUCCUGCUACCUCACCAGCUAGGCCAUUAAGAUGCACAUACUAGCGGCGAGUAAUUCCUUAAAGCCAGCUGAUGAGGGCAUGGCUGCAGUCCGCAUCUAUCUCACCCAUGUACGUAAUCGUCUACGUCGUGGUAGUUGAUGUGUCAUUGGUAGGGGGCGCUCACCGAUCUGUCUUACGGAACUCACUCGUUCCGUUGUGCCUUACGGGCUCUCUCUCUCUCAAACCCAACCAGCAGCCGCACAGCCGCUCGAGAGAGAGUCCGAAAGGCACAAAGGAACGAGUGAGUUCCGUAAAAAAGACCGGUGAGCGCCCCCUACGAUUGUAUAUUCCCGAUCGAAAUCGACAGGGCAACGUGCUCGUGGCCCAAUGGUUAGAGGCGUGAACUUCUCAAUAACAGGUCGCGAGUUCGGGCCACGGGUGUUCCACACCUCGGGGUUGGGUAUGAUUUGCUGACGACGGCUAAUAAGCCAGAAAUGGCCAUUCCAGUCUCCCGUGUCUUUGUCGAUAAUACCAUUCUGAUGUGUCAUUAUUAGUGUGCUCACUAAAUAUAUGUUACUGGAGUGCUGUUGUGGUUGGUAGCAUUGUGGUUCCUGAUGUUCAACGAGUUAACACUUAAUACAGUGUAUUACUAGUCAGGAAAAUUGAAGUGAUUCGUUGUUGAUUUUAUUGGCCAGGAAAGAGUCGGCGUAGAUGGUUAGUUUCUUUAAGAACCUCAGGCAAGUGGGUUCGAAAAUAAAGCCGUAUCCAUUGCUUAAGCGACGUAAGUGUUAACGACGGGUGGCCUGCACGGAUCCGAAUGCUGAACUAGCCACAGCAACCGCUCCAUCCACCAUAAUCUACUAACGAGUCAUUCAAGCUACUAGUCAGUAUGAUCCAAUCGUUGUUGGGUCAAAGUAUAUCGUUUGAGGUGAUGUAACUUUAAAUGUUAAAUUGUCAUGAGCUCUAUUGGCGGCAGUGGUUCAAGAAUAAAGAUGGAAACCGUCAGGGUAUGUCAGGCCAGGCUAGUUUGCGCCCUGAACGGGUCCUUGCAAGUUGGAAAGAUAAAGAGGAAUAACGCAUCACCGGUAGUAGUUGGGCGAGAGUUCUGCGCUAAUUUUGAUGACGGUGAUCAGAGUGCUGGUGAUUCGGUGGGCUCGAAAGUGCCGACAAAGCCGAGACGGACACUUAAUUCGCUCUAGCAGACAGGAUGCAUGUAAGGGGAUAGUGCGCCGAGGGAGUUUUUCACUAGCAUUCAAGUCUUGUGCCCUUGUCUCUUUUAACGGGUUUUCAGUUAGUCAGUUUGUCAUUGCCGACAAAACCAUCCCAUAUGUACUGUUAACGUUGCGUAAGAGCGGAUAAUGCGGCAUAUACAGUGCGUGACCGAUCCCAUGAAAAGUUAGUCAAAAUUCUGGAAUGUCUUUUCGAUUAGGAAGGAUUGCUUACGUGGGGUUGUUAUACUGAUUAUGAUGCAGCAAAACCGUAUAACAUUUCGGACUCGCCAGGAUUGAGGCUUUUCAAUGCACUUCUUCUUGACCUCCUGCAGGAAGCACACUCAGCAAAAAGUGACUACUUAAGAAGCAUGCAUUUUUUCUGUUGGUUUUUAAUAGGCUUAUAAAUUCAAAUAUAUUAUAUGGAAACUAUGCACUAAAAUAUGUCUUCUUUUGCGGGUUUGGUAGGAAAUCACAUUGUCUUCAUAUUCUAUAUCCCAAGAAAGUGUGUAUUUAGGUUUUAAAAAGUUUCCAAAUUCCGAAUAAGUUUCAACCUGAUCUGCCAUUGCAUCGGCGUUUAGCAAUUUCAGUCUACAAGGUGCAUGUUUCCGCUUAAGGAAAAUCAUAUAUUAUUCUAUGCCUUUAAGAAGAUACCACAUAUAUUUCAUGAAAUUUUGCAAUGGAUCCGGAUUGUGUUGUACAUUUCUGGAGGAGCAUUAGUAAACGGACAUGUGCGGUCUUGCAUGCAUGGACAACGCACGGUCUUAAAAAUCUCAUAAUUACAAACUUUUCUAAAACCUAAAUAUGCACUUUCUUCGGGUAUAAAAUAUGAAGACAAUGUGAUUUCCUACAAAAUGACCAAAGAAAACAUAUGUUGUGCAUGUUUUCUGUAAAAUAUAUUUGAAUUUAUAAAACUAUCGAAAAUCAAUUGGAAAAAUGCAUGUUACUUAAGCAGUCACUUUUUUACCGGGUGUGGUUUCUGCAGGGGGUCAAAAGACGUGCAUUUAAAAGCCAACAUCCUGGCAAGUUCGAAAUGUUAUAGGGUUAUGCUGCAUGAUAAUCAGUAUAACAACCCCACUUAAGGAAUCCUUCUUAAUCAGGAACCAAUACCAGAAUUUUGGCUAACAUUGCCUGAGAUCGGUCCCGCACUGUACACAAGGAAUAAUGGGAAAACUGUUUGCGAUCCGCAAUAAAAAUAAUUUUUCCAUUCGACAAUGACCUUGAAGUAGAAUAUGCAUUUCUGCUGAGGAUAACAAUUAUUUUAACGGAUUAGUAUCUUAAAUAGAAAGAGCUUGAAAUUUCCCAGCACUUACCAGACCAGUCAAGGCUUGGCCAAUGGUCAGAGGAACGUUCGCGAGUUGGCCGACUAUCGAGCAAGCAAGGAAACACAUCAGUACUGAUUACUUGGGGAGCAAAAACUGGGUGACAGAAGGCAGGAAUUGCCAUAUCGACAGUAAAAGGGCUUCAGAUUGCAUUGUUGAGAGUAAAGGCCAGGUGCAAGGGUAAAGUCGUAAUUAAGGAAGAUCAUUUGGAAAAAUAUUAGACUAACGUUAACGGUACCCUGUCGUUUUGAAAUUAAGCUACAGGAAGUUGGUGAUAAACGAUCAUCCAAGGACAAAUUUGUUUCAGACCGUAAAAAGGUUUUGAGAGCUAGCAAAUUCAGUCAACGUUCAGCCUGCUUCAGGCUUAAAAUGUUGAACAAAAUAUCUUAAAAGUCAGCACUCUCUUGGUGCUUCAAAGUUAAAAAAGUCAUUUCAGCAUCACGAAACGCUGAAUAUAAGUACUUAGACAACUGUAAGUCAAAGUAGAUUUUAUAAAUCGGAAGAAUGCACUUUGGAGAACAAUAUUCUGGAGUAUAUACAUCAGUUGGCGACAAUUACAGUCUUCAAGUUUUUAUUGAAGCGUGAUUAAUAUUGGAAGAUAGUUGAUUAGUGGCAGCGAAUAACAAACUUUCGGAGGAGGAAGGGCUUGUGCCCUUGCUUAGAACUACGUGACCUGAUUUGAAAACCUUGCUCUGCAUUUCUUCACAGACACAUUUAGCAUCACAGACACAUUACUCACAUCUGGAAGAUCACGUACUUAAAAUCCAUGCGAGCGGGUCAAGAAUUUUUGAAAGUUGCCACGUCCUUCCGCAUUGGAAUAAUACGUGAACAUGUGCUAUACGAAACACACAGUCAUUAAGCUGGUGCUCACAGUCUGAAUUUACCAAACUGUGAACCAGCUCAGUCCACGACAGCUGAUUCUCUUAGGGUAAGUUUUCUACGUCAACAGUGAAAAUGCUGAUUGACAGGUGUACACUGAAGGCGUAAGCGGUCAACUUACGAAACAGUGAGUAUAUGCUUCGGAGAAGUUUAAUUAUGCUGUAACAAGUCAUGUCAGUCCAAAAAACCGAGCGGGUGUACUUUGAAAUUUAAGAUUUGGCCUAUAACAUUUCACAGUAACCUUUGUUUCUGUAAAAAUAGGGGCCAUUUGAUAUCCCAAGAGACCAAAAUGUCCUAACAGGAAAGUUGCACUCGGAUCCUAUUUACUAGCCGCACUUGCAGUAGACAAGCUUCCAGCCGCCUCUCAUACGGGACCAGUGGUAAUAGUAGGUUUAACACUAAAUCCCAACCCUUAUCCCUAACUGUAACUCCUAAUCCUAUCCUUUACCCCUAUUUCUAACCCCUUACCCUAACCACAACCCCUAACAUUAACCCCUGACCCUAACUCCUAACCCCGGUCCCCCUACCCUUACCUCAACUCCUAGCCAAGACUCCUAACACUAACGCCUAACCCUAGCCCCUCACAUGUGCGGCUAUGAUCUGUCCAAAGUUACAAAACUGGAAGCCGGUUCUUUAAGUUAGAUUUCAAUGAAAACGACAUGGUAAAAGCUUCGAACACUCUGGUACCAAGACUUUCCAUCAGGACUUGCACUACGUGUUUACAUGGCCAGGCUUGAUGUCUGAUUCCAAUUAUCCGAAACUAUCAUAGGCAAAGCUGGUCACUAGAGUCUUUCACCUCGAGUUACUAAGCAUAUGUCAAAAAUAAGAGCACUGUAGCAACAUAAGUGCUACUUAAUGUUAAUGCUGAUUAAAUUGUGUAAAAUGUGUGUUCAUAAGACUUUUCUCGAAAACCUACACAAAUCCACCACGAAUUAGAAGUUUUCUCUUAGGCACCGAGAAAUCGAGAGUUUAGAAAGUCCGAUGAACUAGAUGCCUCGACCCGGAUAACAGUUAAGACGUCUUCAUCGCCAAUUCCUGAAACGCCUCAUAAAAACAAAUGUCCGAACAUAAUAGAAAUCCAUUUUACGCUGUUCGCAAAGACUGGUGUCUUCCGCAACCCAUUUCUAACGGCGAGGGCAACAAUUUUGGCUUUUGGUUUUUGAUUGCGCAAAUUGACGGCUUUACCCUUUGCCUUCUUUUUAGGUUUUACUCUUCUUACUAUACUUCCUCCGCGUUUUCCUGAGCUACAAACUGGGUGGACGAGGGAACUCGGAUCUUGAUCGUUUCUGCCCUGAGCACGCUGAUGAGGCCAGCCUCAUUGUGAAUGAGGACGCGGAACUAAUAACCAAAGAAAAGCCCACAAACCACACAUCUCCAGUUUACUCCAGUUUAAAUUGA